CUACUGUCUAGUAAGAGCGCUAUUUUCACUGGGAGCACAAAGCGAAUCCGAGCAGAUCUAGAUCCCACAUCCACUUCUCGUGCUCCCUCUUUAGAUUUUAUAUUCCCGGUUAUUACAUCUGCAAAUGACGUCAAGGAGACCCAAUACUUCCCGUCGCUUUACAGAUAGUGGUGUUCCCUUUAUGGGCGCAUUGCAUCACAAGUCUCGCCCAUCUCCUUUACUAUCUAUAGGACUCGUUGUGGUGGGAGCAUUACUCAUUGUUGGGUAUAUGUAUCAUGGUUCAGGUGGCAGGAGUAGUGAUAUUGCCGCUUUGAAUCGACUCGAGGGUGGGGUUUCCUGUACUCUAGAACUUCAAAGAUUGAUACCUAUCCUUAAGAAAUCAUACGGUGACAGCAUGCGGAAGGUACUGCAUGUAGGCCCAGAAACAUGCUCAAUAGUCUCUCAAAUAUUAAAAGAAGAUGAUACUGAAGCUUGGGGUGUAGAGCCAUAUGAAUUAGAUGAUGUUGAUGCCAACUGCAGGAGCCUUGUGAGCAAGGGCGUUGUACGUGUUGCUGAUAUCAAGUUUCCCCUUCCAUACAAGCCCAAGUCAUUUUCUCUUGUUGUUGUGUCAGAUGCAUUGGAUUACUUGUCACCAAAAUAUCUUAAUAAAACUGUUCCAGAUUUAGCGCGAGUGGCAUCUGAUGGCUUAGUUUUAUUAUCUGGUUAUCCAGGUCAUCAAAGAGCCAAAGUGGCUGAGCUGUCCAAGUUCGGACGCCCUGCCAAAUUCCGGAGCUCAUCAUGGUGGAUUAGGUUUUUCAUCCAAACCAGCUUAUUAGAAGAGAAUGAAGCUGCGAACAAGAAAUUCGAACAGGCGAUAAAGAAGCAAUCUUACAGGCCUGCCUGCCAAGUUUUUCACCUUAAACCCUUGCAGUAAUGGAACCAUCUAGCAUGCAUGCUUCUUAGUUCUUACACUGUUAAGUUAUUGUGUGUUGUUAAUCUGUUAUAGUAGUAUACGUACACGAGACAUUGAUCUAUUCUUGAAUUCAAAAUUUUGUUCAUCUUAAUUCAGUGUCAUACAAAAUUGUAGUACCCUGUUGUGUAGGUGAACUUGUAGCUCAAAUGUAGCUUCUCCUCUUCACUUGAGAAAUAAAUCAAUUAAUGUUCUCUAA